UUACCUUUGAUUCUUGUAGUAAAUAUUGCAGGAAUUAAUAUUACUGAUAAAGGAUUUUAUCUUGAAUAUAAAGACCUUCCAGAAGAAAUCAGUUUUUCUUCAGAAAACACAAAUAUAAAACAAAGUAAUUAUCAUAUUGCUAAUAUUCGUUUUGAAAAUAUCAAAAAUCAUUAG